GAGGAGCAGAGAAGUUCACAGCAGGAAGCUCCUUCACUUAUUUAAUGGCAGGACAGUCCCAGCACAAUCCACAGCCCAACUUUUCUCGCGGUGGUUUUCACCGCAGUAUAUCCCUAAUUGUACUUUCCCGCGAUUAAAUUAAUGUUGGUGAGAGAGAAAUGUCACUAUGGCGCAAAAGGCAUUUCCCACCCUCUUCCAGAAAGUUUCUCUCGUCUUCGCCCGGAGGAAUUACCAGAAGGUCUUGGAGGACGAGCAGAUGGACACAGAGCUCCAGGAACUAAAAGUUAACAGCAAAAAAGAACCAAUCCAUCCAGUAUCUUCCAAGGAAGCCAGCACAAGGCAUUUAGAUGAGUUAGUAAGUGAUCUUCAGGCUGAUUUGGAGAAUGGUCUCACAAAAGGUCAGGUGCUCGAGCGUCGCAGGCAGUUUGGAUGGAAUGACUUUGAAGUGGAUAAACCUGAACCAAUUUGGAAGAAGUACCUUGGCCAGUUCAAGGAUCCCCUCAUUCUGUUGCUUUUGGCAUCAGCUAUUAUUAGUCUCAUCACUAAAGAGAUUGAAGAUGCAGUGAGCAUUACAGUGGCUGUAGUGAUUGUGGUCACAGUUGCCUUUGUGCAGGAGUACCAUUCUGAAAAAUCUGUACAAGAGCUUGGCAAACUAAUCCCUCCAGAAUGUAACUGCAUCCGUGAAGGUAAAGUGGAGCACAUACCAGCAAGGGAACUUGUGCUGGGUGACACUGUGUGCAUUUCCAUUGGUGAUCGAGUCCCUGCAGAUAUCAGGCUGAUGGAGGCUAUUGAUUUACUGAUCAAUGAGUCAAGUUACACAGGAGAGUCAGAAGCUAGUAAUAAAAGUACUGCAACCUUGCCAGAAUCUGGAGAUUCAACUUCUCCUCAAAACAUUGCUUUCAUGGGAACCCUGGUACAAUAUGGGAAUGGAAAGGGCAUUGUGAUUGCAACUGGUGAAAACUCUGAGUUUGGAGAAGUUUUUAAAAUGAUGCAAACUGAGGAGGCUCCAAAGACUCCCUUACAAAAGAGCAUGGGUAAGCUAGGGAAGCAAUUAUCACUGUUUUCAUUUACAAUAAUCGGUUUAAUGACGCUGAUUGGUUGGUUACAAGGGAAGAGUCUCCUUGGCAUGUUUACUUUGGGAGUGAGCCUGGCAGUUGCAGCUAUUCCAGAAGGCCUACCGAUUGUUGUCACGGUAACAUUAGCACUAGGUGUGAUUAGAAUGUCAAAAAAGAGAGUCAUAAUAAAGAAACUUCCUGUUGUAGAAACACUGGGUUGCUGUAAUGUCAUCUGUUCCGAUAAGACUGGCACCCUUACAGCCAAUCAGAUGACGGUAACACGACUACUUACAGCAGAUGGUAUACAGGCAGAGGUAACAGGUACAGGAUACAAUGGAGAGGGAAAUGUGCAUUUAUUACCCAGUGGAGAACUCGUAAAGGCAUUCUCCAAUGUGUCUGUAGGAAAACUGGUUGAAGCUGGAUGUUUAUGCAACAAUGCUGCAAUUAACAACGAAACAUUGAUAGGACAGCCAACAGAAGGAGCCUUAAUUGCACUUGCAAUGAAGAUGGACCUUGAUCAGGCUGAGAAGAGCUAUGUAAGGAAGAAGGAGUAUCCAUUUAGUUCAGAAAAGAAAUGGAUGGCUGUUAAGUGUGUCCACGAAAAUCAGGAAAAUGAAGAAGUUUACUUCAUGAAAGGUGCAUACGAGGCUGUUAUUCAGUAUUGUAGCAAUUAUAACAAUGGUGGCAUGCCAGUACCACUCACACCACAACAGCGUGCAGUGUACAUUCAACAACAAGCAAAGCUGGGAGCGGAGGGCCUUCGUGUACUUACUCUAGCCGUUGGGCAUGAAUUAGGUGAACUUACCUUCUUGGGAUUUAUUGGCAUUAUUGACCCACCAAGAACUGAAGUCAAAGCAGCAGUUCAAAUGCUACAAAGUUCAGGAGUUGCUGUUAAGAUGGUCACCGGAGACUCCAUGGCAACAGCCAUCUCUAUAGGGAAAAGUAUAGGACUUUAUAAUGAUGAUAUGGAAGUUAUGUCUGGGGAGCAGUUGGAUCAAGCGAAUGAUGAGGAUCUUUCCCGUUUGGUCAUGGAGGUGGCCAUAUUCUUCCGAACAAGUCCAAAGCACAAGCAGAAUAUUAUAAAGGCUCUCCAGAGCAAUAACGCAGUUGUGGGGAUGACAGGAGAUGGUGUGAAUGAUGCUGUUGCUCUCAAGUCUGCUGAUAUUGGAAUUGCCAUGAGAGGAACCGGAAGUGAUGUCAGUAAGGAAGCGGCAGGCAUGAUUCUAGUGGAUGAUGACUUCUCAUCCAUUUUGUCUGCAAUGGAAGAAGGAAAAGGAAUUUUUUACAACAUUAAAAACUUUGUGUGGUUUCAACUGAGUACGAGUAUUUCAGCAUUGAGUUUGAUUGUUUUAUCGACAAUAUUUAAUAUGCCAAAUCCUCUAAAUGCAAUGCAGAUUCUGUGGAUCAACAUCAUUAUGGAUGGGCCUCCAGCUCAAAGCUUGGGUGUUGAACCAGUUGAUAAGGAUGUAAUUAAACAGCGUCCAAGAAAUAUCAAGGACUCUAUUCUGAAUAAGGGCCUACUUGUUAAAAUAUUAUUCUCAGCAGUCAUAAUUAUGGGUGGUACCCUUUCUGUUUAUUGGAAAGAGCUUCCGGAAGGGAAGAUUUCCACAAGGACCACAACCAUGACAUUCACCUGCUUUGUCUUCUUUGAUAUGUUCAACGCUCUCAGUUGUCGCUCCCAGACAAAAUCAAUAUUUGAAAUAGGCCUAUUCCGUAACCGUGUAUUUGUUUAUACUGUACUUGGCUCACUGCUCGGGCAAAUGGCUGUCAUCUAUUUCCCACCUCUGCAGAGAGUUUUCCAAACAGAGAGCCUCGGACCACUCGACUUGCUGUUCUUGGUUGGCUUGGCCUCUUCAGUUUUCUUUGCAUUGGAGCUAUUGAAGUUAAUUGAAAGGAUAUGGCUGUCGGCUACUGAAAGGAAAAAUAGCCCAAAUUUAGAAGUACACCCGUAUAAAUUGGAAUGUAAAUACACAUUGUAGGACUGUACACCUCCAUUUUGCGAAACUUAAAGGCUUUGUGAAAAGUAAUGCUGAUUGACACGAAGGUUUAUUCUAGUGCUACAGUGGAAUUGCACUUGAGGGAACUGCUUUUGUUUCCAGGAAGUAUUGAUGCCAUUACACAGCAAGAUUCCCUAAUCCAAUUUAAGAAGAUUUGCAGAUCUCAUUACAAAAUAGCAAUUGGGGAAUUGUUUGACAAAUCACUGGUGAAUAUGGCAUACAAAAUGCUGUGUGUCUACCAAUCACAUAUUGGAUGUUUAUCCAUUCAAAGUACAAAUAUAGAAGGUGAAAAAUUUUACUCUAGCUCUUGCUUUUGAGGAGUGAAUGUUGCUAAAUUGGUUCCAAAACUUUGCACGUGCAUUUUUGCAGAAUAAGCACACUAGAAAAUAUUUGUGAGGGAUUAAGUCACAAGCAGCAGAAGAAAGGUAGAUCAGUUGUUUAUAUCAAUCAAAAUGUAAUGCUGAUUUGAUACCCAUAUUGUUAUUUUAGACCUCAACACCCCAGCUAACUCAUGUCGCCGAACACAUGAUCAGCAAUUAGAACACACAGCCAGUGCCAUUUAAAAAUGAUCAUCAAUUGUUUUCAGCUUAUUUGUUGAAGUCUUUCCACAGGAUAUUACUGUAAUUCUGCCAAGCAUUUCUUAUUUGUAAAGAAUGCCUUAAGUCAACUAAGUUUAAAUAGAAUGUGACAAUUGCUGAAAGAAUUCAUCCCAGUUCUACAGCUCCUGCAUAAACUAGUUCCUCCCAGAUAUGGGUGGAUUUGUAAGCAUUCUUGGAGUGCAUGGUGAUUUGGAGAAUUGAGAAAUCCUUGCAGAGAAUAGGGGUAUUGUCAGGGGAGAUGAGAACUUGGCGGAGAUUGAUGGGGGUCUGCUCGUCACCAAUGAGCCACCGGUCCAAUGUCACCAGCUAUUCAACAAGCUGCUGAACAUGCAAAAGGUAAAAACCCCAUGGGCUUUCUGUCUGGACUGCUCAUUAUUAACCAAGAUGGUAAAUGGAUGUGCAUUUGUGAGGGGGAAAUAUCACAAGGAGAUGUGCAAUGCAAGUUUGUUUUUACACUGUGCUAAGUGCUUGGAACAGGCUGCCAGGUGGAGUGGUGGAAGCAGUGGUGGUUAAGAGGCUGUUAAACACAGGAAUAUGCAGCAAAUGGAUCAUGUACAGGCAGAAGAGAAUUAAUUUGGUAUUGUGUUCAGCACAGACAUUGGGCUGAAGGGCCUGUUCCUGUGCUGCACUACUUUAAGUGCAAGCUCCAUUCUCCUGCAAUUUCACAACUUGCCCUUUGCCGUCACUGCAUCUGGAUACUCUGUGCCAACUAAGAUACUCAAACAAAUUUAUGAAUCAAAACAUCUAUUUGGAAAUAAAUGAGUAUGUAAUUAUGGCAUUUCUCAUCUUGCAUUACUCAAACUGGUGUGGAGUUCCUCAAAAAAAAAUGUUGGUAAUCAAUAAGCAUUGUUGAUUUUUGUUUUUAAAAUUGCUCACUGGCUGUACAUUAUUGUACAGCAAGUGAAUAAAUGGCUUCCUGGUCCAUUUUAGACAGCAGUUAUUUCAGAUGAAAUAUAGGCCAGACAAGGUAAAGAGAAACAAAAGACUGCAGAUGCUGGAAUCUAGAUGAAAAACCCUAUGGUGCUGGAAGAACACUAUGGUGCAGCAUCCGUGGAGAAAAGCAGAUGGUCAAUAUUUUGGGUCGGGACCUUUCUUCAGGACAUAGCAGAGGUAAAGAGCUGAAUAUUUUCUCUAAACAGAUGCUGGUGAACCUGAUGGGUAUUACCCUGUACUACCUCAAUGCACCGUGUAAUGAAUUGAUCUGUAGGAACUGUAUGCAAGACAAGUUUUUUCACUGUACCUCAGUGCAAGUGACAAUAAU